GAGCAGAAAUCUAGUUCUCUUCUGUCUUUCGAUAUUUACCUUCCCCCCCCCAAAAAAUUUAUUUCUUCACCUGCAUUGCUGAUCAGAAGCUUCAUUUUUAUUCUUUUUUCUCCAAUCGAUAUUGCUUUGCAGUGAUGUUCAUGUUCGUCAGCGUAGAUGUUCAGUCGCCCAAGUUUUUGAGAGGUGGUCACUUCCCAAAGUAGAUGGAUCAGAUAUACAUCAACGAUUUGAAUUUUCUGUGGAUGAAAUUGAACGUUUCCCCUAUUGGAGCUUUUCUAGUUGUGUUGUGGAUACCACUGGUUUCUUGUAGAUGAUAUCAAUUGAUUGCAGCAUAUAAAGGCUGCACCUAAGCAUGUCGAUCAUCUUUUGGGUGAUAUUUAAUCACUCACACCGUGAACAGUUUGCUUUUCAGAACAUCUUAUAUUUCAUGUUACAGUUUAUCUGUAAUAUCUACUUAAAAUCAAUUGAAAGACACAGCAUUGCCACUGUGAAGCCUUGUGUCUGGAGGUCACUAGAAGUUCACUGAGGCAUUGCCAUUUGUUACUGGAUCCAUAUCUAAUAAUGGAAAGAUAUAAACUUAUGAAAGAGCUUGGAGAUGGGACCUGUGGAAGUGUAUAUAAGGCCCUCAAUCUAGAGACAAAUGAAAUUGUUGCUGUCAAGAAAAUGAAGAGAAAAUUCUACUUCUGGGAGGAGUGCAUGAAUCUUCGUGAAGUUAAGUCCCUCUGCAAAUUGAAUCACCCAAAUAUUGUCAAGUUGAAGGAGAUCGUUAGAGAAAACCAUGAGCUUUUCUUCAUCUUUGAAUACAUGGAAUAUAACCUAUAUCAGAUCAUGAGAGACCGGCAAAGCCCAUUUGCAGAGGCAGAGAUACGAAGCCUUAUGUCUCAAGUGUUACAGGGACUUGCAUAUAUGCAUAAAAAUGGAUAUUUUCAUCGGGACCUAAAACCUGAGAAUCUGCUGGUCACAAAUGAUGUUAUAACGAUAGCUGAUUUUGGAUUAGCAAGAGAAGUGACAUCAAGGCCUCCAUAUACUGAUUAUGUUUCUACACGGUGGUACCGGGCACCAGAGGUUUUGCUGCAAUCAUCGUCAUACACGCCAGCAAUAGACAUGUGGGCCAUUGGUGCAAUAUUAGCUGAGCUUUUCACAUUGUACCCUAUUUUUCCUGGUGAAAGUGAAACGGACCAGCUUUACAAAAUAUGCUGUGUUCUUGGUACCCCAGAUUGGAACACUUUUCCUGAAGGGAUGAAUGUUUCACGCCUAAUCAAUUUUAGUUUUUCCAAGAUUGAGCCUGCCAAUCUUUCAGAUAUCAUUUGUAAUGCUAGCUUGGAAGCGAUUGAUUUGAUCACGCAACUAUGCUUGUGGGACCCACAAAGGAGACCGACUGCAGAGCAAGCUCUUCAGCAUCCAUUUUUCCAUGUGGGAAUGUGGGUUCCUUACCCACUCCGGGACCCUUUUCAACCAAAUCCAAGCCACAUGGUAGGAUCCGAACCGAAGCUUGAGUUGAAUCUGUGGGACUUUGGCACUGAACCAGAUGAUUGCUUCCUUGGCUUGACCCUGGCAGUGAAGCCCAGUGUCUCAAACUUAGAAAUGGUUCAUCAGACCUCUCAAAAUGCUAGAAAGGACAUUUUUUAUUGUUCUGGUUAUCAGAAUCAUUCGGAUCAGUCAGUGUUGUGGCCCCUGCUCUCUCUGAAUCAAAGUGGAGAUGACAUACCAGCGAUGUCUUCGUUACCAUCGCCAUACAUGGUUAGCAGUCAAGUUUCUUGUCCAACAAUUGGGGUUCCGCAGCCGACAGGAUUCACAAUGGCGUCUCUGCAGCCUAACAUCCUAGACUGUUCACCACUGGUCGGCGUCUCCUCACCAUUCCAGCUGGCUCACUACCUUUGAGCAAGUGCCGUGAAAAGUAGUUUGUGCUAUUGGGGUGAAGCAGGUGAAGAUUCUUUUGAACUCAUAAAUUGUUGAAGAUGGCUCAAGAAAACGGGUAACAAGUGGAUAUUCCUACUAGUGCUUCAUUCAUGAGUUCUACCAAUGUACCUUUUUAGCUUGUUGCCACUAAAAUGACUUAAAAUGCUACACCUAACUCAUGUAACAAGUUGCAACUUGCAAACCCUCAGUUUCCAACACCAUCUUUUGUGGGAUCAUUCACAAAAAAAAGGGGGGAGGGGGGGGAGGUGGCGGGGGGAGGAGGGGGUUGGAAUUAACCCUGUUCUCCCAGAUUAAGAAAGAAUUGAGGUUCUAUGUUUUAUGAUGUAAAAUAUAUAUUUUUUUUUGUAAGAUACAUAUGAUGUAAAAUAUUGAAAAUGUUUUUCA